GCUGCGACCAUUAUCGACACCAAACCGACCCAAUUGUCGAUGUGCGCCCGGCGUUCAAAGGCGGCCCAGUCCUCAUGAGGCUCGUGGACUUGGUGAUUGACGCGGCGGCGCUGCUCAACGCCUCGCGGUCCGUCGCGUCCAAGCACAUUGCCCUCCGCAGCCGGCAGUGGGACGCAUACGGCAGAACAUCGAGCGUCGCGGCAAAAUGGAGAGAGUCGAAGUCCACGCCGGCAGGGGAGGCUUCGACUGAAAGCAAGGAGAGCUCAAGCGGCCAGAGAGAGGGCGAGAGAGCGCAACAUGAGCGGUCGGUGGAGGAACAAGAUUCGUCCCUCGCGGAUGCGGCCUCGAGCCGAACUACACCGCGGGAACCGCCUGCGCCGAGAUCGAUAGACGAGACGACAAGCGGCAGACCCAGCACAGCAGCCGAGGGCUUCGCUGUCGCUGCUCAGCAGCUGGCUGCCGCGGCGAACAAGGACGCGGCGGCAGACGUGGAGCUGCCACCGGGCGUUGACGUCAACAUCUUCCACACAACCCGCGGGUCCAAGAUAUUGGAGUCCUUGAAGAAGCAAAAGGCUGCGGGGAUAAAGCGGCAGGUGCCAGGAGCAGGGGGGGCAGCAAAGGAGCACCCUUUGCGGUACUGGCCAAGACCGCCGCCGGUUGAUAUUAAUGCGACGCCCAACGUCGUUCCCCAUGGUGACGAAGUCGCUGAUGCCACCAGGGAGCCACGCGCUUCUCCUCCGCCGCAAGGCACACGGCCGUUCAUAGCAGAGUCUACUCCGAAGCCUGCACCAGGGCCUACGCCGGAACCCACACCAGAGGUCGCGGGCCCUGUCGAGACAGGCACGGCCACAGUGGAUCAGGAGACGACUGACAUUGCCAAAGACCUGGUAGGCGAUGACGCGACUCCCGCACCCGCCUACAAGCUGCGCGAAUCCAAGGUACCGGCAUCCCGGUUUAGCCGCAUCUGGAACUACGGAGGGCUCGCCGCCGGCAUGCUCGGGGGCGCCAUGACAGAGACGGUCAGCAGAGCCUUUGGCGGCGGUGGCCAAGGCUCGGUGCUUCUGAGCGGCAAGAACAUGGAGCGGUUGGUGGCUAAACUAUCGCGCAUGCGGGGCGCCGCCCUCAAGAUGGGCCAGAUGAUGAGCUUCCAGGACUCCAAGAUGCUGCCGGCGCCGAUCCAGGAGGUUCUGCAGAGAGUGCAGGACCGCGCCGACUACAUGCCCGCGUGGCAGCGGGACCGGGUGCUGGUGAGCAACCUGGGCGAAGACUGGCGUGGCCUCUUCAGCGAAUUCGAGGAGACGCCCAUCGCGGCCGCGUCGAUCGGGCAGGUGCACAAGGCGGUGCUCAAGUCCAACGGCAAGCGAGUGGCCGUCAAGAUCCAGUUCCCCGGCGUUGCCGACUCCAUCAACUCGGAUCUCGACAAUCUGGGCAUCCUGCUCAACGCCACGAAACUGCUGCCCAAGGGCCUGUACCUCAACAAAACCAUCGACAACGCCAGGCUGGAGCUGGGAUGGGAGUGCGACUACGAGCGCGAGGCGCAGUGCGCGAUUCGCUACAAGGGCCUGCUCAAGGGCGAGGAGGACGUGUUCCUGGCGCCCGACGUCCACCUCGAGGCUUCGGGCAAGCAGGUGCUCACCAUGGACUUUAUGGACGGCAUCGGCGUCACACGAGUGGCCUCGUUCACGCAAGCGCAGCGCGACUGGAUCGGCACGCAGAUCAUGCGGCUCUGCCUGCGCGAAAUCACCGAGUUCCGCUUCAUGCAGACAGACCCCAACUGGACCAACUUCCUGUACAACGCGGCCAUCAACAAGCUCGAGCUGCUCGACUUUGGCGCGUCGCGCGAGUACCCGGAGGAGUUUGUGCGCGAGUACGUGCAGCUGCUCGAGGGGGCCUCGCGCGGCGAUCGCGAGCGCGUGCGCGUCCUGUCGGAGAGCCUCGGCUACCUGACGGGCCACGAGAGCAAGGCGAUGCUCGACGCGCAUGUCGACUCGGUGUUGACCAUUGCGGAGCCCUUCCUCGAGUCGGCGCCCGCCGUCUACGACUUCAAGGACCAGACCAUCACGGAGCGCGUCAAGGCGCUCAUCCCGCUCAUGCUCAACGAGCGUCUGGCCCCGCCGCCCGAAGAGACGUACAGCCUCCACCGCAAGCUGAGCGGCGCGUUCCUGCUGUGCGCCAAGCUCGGCUCCAAGGUCCCGUGCCGCGAGCUCUUUGUCAACGCCAUAGGCAAGUCGGGCUACGUGCAACAAUAGGGCAGACUCAGAAUUACAACUGUACGAUGUGAUGUAGGGAAAAGAUGAGAAGAGUGUAUAGACGGGGGAGCGCGGCAUAGACCAACAUGGAGUUUGAGGAUUCCUCUCUGUACAACAACUAGACAGCUCACGGCCAAGACGCAACACAUACCAGGCGGUCUGGGCGAUGGCGGCAAGCAAUUGUUGUCUCCGAUGUAGCGCUACGGUACUCGAGCAACUUUUUCCAUAUCUGUGCUUCUCUCUCAUUUGCCUUUUUAUAUCUUCGUCCACCCAUGUUUGGCUGUGCAAGUUUGCUCCAAUUCUUGCCGCGAGUCUUCCCCCUUUCCACACACACACACGGCACCCGAGCUCAUCACGAGCCGCAUCCUCACGGGGCGGCAGAGCGUCCUUGCCCACGACCCACUUGUCGUUCCAGGCGAACUCGGUGACGCCGGUGCCUUCGGUGCCGUUCUGCAGGUAGACGCGCAGGAUGGGCAGGGGGAUGGCGGCGACGCGGGAGCCCGGGAUCGAGUCCUGCGAGAAGCCACCGUCGUACCAGCCGCCGCUGCUGCCGUCCCAGCCCUUCUCCUUGAUCACGUUGGCCGCCGUGCCGUAGUAGACGCGGAUGCCCAGGCUGUUGCCCUCGCCCCACGAGGUGACGCCCAGCGGCGCGCGCGGCACCUUGUUGGGCACGUGGAAGCCGCCGUUGUACCAGCCCUUGCCGUCCCAGGCCUUUUCGACGAUGUUGAGGUUGGUGUCCUGGUAGUAGACGCUGCGGAAUGAUUCAAAUUCAGCGAAAAAAGCACAUGUAUAUAUAUAUACUUGGCUAGGAGAGGGGCGGGGGAGUUUACAUACCGGAUGUGGUAGGGCGAGCCGCCCCAGGUCGUCGCAGCGAUGGAGCUGCCGGGGAAGGCGGCGCCGAGGUUGGUGCCGACCGUCCACUUGCCGUUGUUGUCCCCUACGUGAAACGUGAACAUGUUGGUGGUUGGCUCUCUCAAGGAUACACGGG